CCUAAAGAACUAGCCUAUCCUGUGAAUACACCAAGAGAAAGGACAGUGUAUAGUGUAAAAGCUGUACUCUUAGCAGUAGUUGAACAACGACCAUUUCUAUUUACCACUGGUACUAGACGUACAGAAUUGAAGGAGAUCCUACCUGAUGAAUCAUUAUCAGAUAUUAGUAACCUUUCACUGUUAGGAGGACGUGGUAUUAAGGAAGUGAUUGAAACAACUGAAGAAUUCAACACAGACGCUACAACUACAAUAAAGCCAGAAAAAAUAGAAAAAUGGCUGAAAGAAGGUACAGUUGAGCUAAAAGUCACUCGUAUCAAUAUGCAUGGUCUACCUGGAGCUGGUAAAACAUGUUCACGACACCUCCUACUUAAUGAAGACCCACCAUCUUCUACUGAUAGUACACCAAUAGCUUGUCCUGCUGUUAAGGCAACAAGAAUAUCUGUUGAUGAUAAGAAUAAGAAAUGGGAGAGAGUUGAAGUAAAAGAUUUGUAUGACCAACUAGCAUCUCAUCUAAAGGAGGUACCGAAUGAAACGGAACUUGAGCAAAAAAAGGAUGAAGCAUCACUGAAUUUAGAUGAUAUAUUUGAUAGUUCAGAUGAUAUAUUUGAUAGUUCAGAUGAAGAUGAAAUUGAUGAUAAAACCGAUGAUGAACCAAUCGAAAUUAAGCCAAUUGAAAAGAAACCAGUCGAGAAUGAACAAACUGAGAUUAAUCCAACUAAAGUCAACCCAACAGAAACAGAAGUAGUGAAAAAAGUUAUGAAUGCUGAAACGUCUAAAAAUUUUAGCACAAAUUGGGUUUAUUUUAUUGAUUCCGGUGGUCAACCAGCAUAUCGAGAGUUGCUACCUCUUUUUACAAGAGCAGCUGCACUGAAUAUCAUCACCAUUGAUCUUACCAAAGGUCUUGAUGAGAAGUGUGAGUUUCAAUAUCGCAUUGAUCAACAUGUGUCUCCUAUUAAUACAGACCUAAAGUAUUCUAAUCGCGAUAUAAUAUGCUCGACAGUUAGCUCCGAAGCUAUGUUAAAUUCCAUCGAAAUUCCUUAUGUCGCCGAACCUGAAAAGCAUAAAGGUAUUCACGCUCGCUAUCUUGUACUUGGUACACGUAAGGAAUUGGUAACUGAAGAAGAGCUAAAAGAAAUGGACAAAAGCCUGAUAAGUAGCUCUAGCCUGGACCUUAAAAAUAUCAUUCAACGUGUACCUGAAAAAUCGAUCAUAUUUCCAGUUAAUACGUUGCUCCGUGGUGGGUCUGAUGAAAGGAAAAAGGCUAGCAUAGAUCUUUGUACUGCAAUUUCAAAUUGUGAACUGGAAAUUACAAUUGAGUUACCAAUUCGAUUGCUUACUUUUGAGAUUGCACUUCAGUUGGAAGCUAUGAAGAACAAACAAAGUUUCCUUACAAAAGAAGAAGUCAUUGAAAUUGGUAAGUCUCUCCGACUUGAUACAAAGUCAGAUAUCAAUGAUGCUCUGCAAUAUUUACACAAUGUCACUAUUAUUCUUUAUUAUCCUGCUGUCCUACCAAAUAUAAUAUUUGUUGAUCCUAAACCAAUUCUUGAUGUCCUUUCACGUCUAAUAGCUAUCACAUACAUUGACCAAUCUAAUCUACAUUUAAUAGCAAAAGCAUCUGAUGAAAGAAUACGUCUCAAAAAAUAUGGCCUUUUCAAGGAGGGUCUUUUAGAAAAAAUUGGUCAACAAAAAAUUUUUGAUAAAAAUUUUGAAUCCUCUCACAUGAUCAAGCUUCUGGAACACCUCCACAUUAUUGCCAAAGUAAUAAACAAAGAUGAAAAGCAAAAUGAAUAUUUUUUCCCAUGUGCAUUACCGUCAUGUGAUAAGCUCAAUGACCCCCCAACAGAAAUACAACCACUUCUCAUAGCAUGGGAGAUUAACAACAGUGGGACAGCAACUCUAGCCAUCCCUCAAGGUUUAUUUCCUUUAACCAUCGUACACCUUUUGAAAGAAAAGAAUGUAGUAGACUUCAGUCCAGAUCCUGAUUCAGACAAUGAAUUCUACAGAUAUCAUGAUGCCAUGUCACUUCGUGUUUACAAAGAUCACUUCAUACACAUCAUCAAUUGCUAUACACAUAUCAAAAUACAGUUUCGUGGUAACUACAAGAACUCUUGUCUUAAAAUUCGUGAAUUAGUCACAGAAGCAAUCGAAAAAAGCUGCAAAGAUCUUAAGUGUAAAAAUAAUUAUAUCUUUGCAUUUCUCAAGUGCCCCAAAAAGGAACAUUACUGCAUUGUCCGGAAAGAUGAUAAAUCUUCUCCCUGGUAUUCUCAUUGCACUCAUUGUGAAACCCAAUGUAAAGUACUGGAGAAUGAUGAUAGCUAUAGAUGCUGGUUUUUUAGUGAAUCUCUAUUGUCCAGUCCAGGAGCUGAGCCAUUAUUAGAAGGUCCACCUACUAAGAGACCUACAGUGCAAUCUUCUGAAUUAGAUACAUGCCAUCUUGUUGAAAUACGUGAUUUACUAAAGAAGCAUGGAUAUUCUGGUGUUGAUUAUUAUGAUCUUGGUCUUCGUCUGGGACUACUCCCUGCUACACUUGAUGUUAUUGAGAAAGAUAACAAAGGAGAUACUAAGAGCUGUCUAAGAAAAUGUUUGACAGAAUGGUUGGAACAAAAAGACAAUGUAAAGAGUAAAGGUGUUCCAACUUAUGAUACAUUAAUACAAGCAUUGAGGGACGAAGGAGAGAAUACUGUAGCUGAUGGGAUUGAAAAAGAUAUCAAUAGUAACAAGAGUAGAUUAUCUACUCUUGAUACAAAGAAAUGAGAAGGUUUCACUAGAAGUAACUCUAGGAUUCAUAUACACAGCACAUAUUAUUUAAUUAUUUUAAAUUAUUAAAUAAAUUAUAUUUGUGUUCCAAUUUUUGUAAAUGUGAAAGCACGUGGUUCAAUUAUACGGAGUAUAUAACGGAAACUGUCGGAAAGUACAAGAUUCUUACAAAGUACAAGAUCGGUAUACAGAAGUGGGAUCAAGCCUCUUCCUCGGCCUCUUCUUAAAGAAUGAGUUCCAUAUAUAUAACAGAGCCCCCUACUAAAGGAAAGGUACUAUUAAAGACCACACUGGGUGAUAUUGAUAUUGAACUGUGGUCCAAAGAGGCUCCUCUGGCCUGUCGUAACUUCA